AUGCCAGACGUAAAGCCUCCACCGCCAUGUGACUACCCCUCCACCGACUCCGUCGCAGCCUCUGCCGGCUCCCCUGCUGGCUGUGCCUCUCACCUCGACCUCGUCAUAGACAUGGAGCCCUGCAUCGCCAACCUCCCCCUGUCCCCCGAUCCCUUGUCCUCCUUCCCCCGACACAGACCCAGUGUCCCUCACUACCCGGGCCUCCACGGGCCUCCCUUCCCACUCAUGGCCAGGUGUAACAGCAGCACCCUGCUCACUAACCUGGGGCUGAGGUACUGCUCCAGCAGGCAGGGUCCUCUGGGGGCGGGACCAGGUGAGGGCCCGGCCCCGGGCUCCUGCAUCCACACAGGAAACAACAGCAGCAGGCCUUACAGGAGUAUGGAGAACCUCAACUGGAACACUGUGGCAGAUUCUGGCCUGUGUACAUUCAGCGCUGCCCCCUACAGGAGCAUGGACAGUGAGUUUAUUUUACGCUACACCUCAACUAGCCACUGGUGUGGUGGCCCUCCGGAUGGAUCUGUGAUAGGGGCCCAUGGAUUGGUACCCAACCCAGAGAGCCUGGCAUUUUACCCUCGACAUGGGUUGCCCAGGAAAGAACUACCACUCUUCCCUCAAUUGUUGUUUCCAGGUGGCGUUGACGAAUGGGAUGCAAGGAAGGGCCUGAGGGAGAAACUCCGCCUCCAGAGUGCAAGGUCAUCAGUUGAGCCUCUGAAGCCCCUCCCAUUGCGGCCUCAGAUUACCCCAGGUGCUGCCCCCUUUGAACGGGAGGGUGCUCAUCACCUGACUUCAACAGGUGCUGGGUCCAGGCCGAUAUGCACAAUGCGCAUUACAAGCCCCGAGGAAAUCAAGCAGGAGGUCUUGAGGCGCUUGCAACUCCGGCGCCAGAACAGCAGUCCCAACCUGGCUCUCCACAGCUCCCCAUCCAGCCCGAGAGCGGUUAAGACGUCCUACACAACAGACAACAUUGCAGGUAACAGGCGUGGAUCAGAUUCUGCAUCGGAGCGCUGCAGACCUCCUGUGGGACGCCUACACAUCCCUACGUUUGAGGAGUUUAAGAGGAUGAGGCAGAAGGAGGGCGAACAGAGCAAAGAGUCCACAGCCGGUUCUGUGGUAUCUGGAAAACCUGAGGCCGACUUGCCCCAGGAAACAGGAACGGCAGACAGUAAUGUACCUCCAUCUGAUUGGACUGUUCCUCAGUCAAACUCUAGUGGUGGAAAUAGAGAGCAGCAAGAGAACUCGGAGGAGGUGGAGGGAGAAAUGAGCAGAGGUGAGAGGACGGGCAAGAGUGGUGAAGCCCUGGAGAUGGUCACUUCCUCAGAGAGACCUCCCUGUUACACUGUGAGCAGUAACAGCACCGCAGCUCCCGCCUCCUCCAGCACCUGCAUCACCAGCACAUUCUCUCCCAUCCGGACAGGCCCGUCUCCACGUUCACCCCUGCAGCCCCUGGCCAGCUCCGCCCAGGAGAAGGCCUCUACUGCAGGUGGAGAUGAUGGGAGCAGCAGGCGAAGGAGGAGCAGUCUGGAACCUGCUGGGUCGUUUCCCUUCCCGCCAAGCAGGGAGAACUGGGAACGGCCCUCCAGCUGCUGCCCAGCACUCCUUCUGGAGGGGACGGACCUGUCCAGCUAUGGAGCCAAGAUCUAUAAGAUGAAGGAUGGCCUCAUCGGCUCCGCACUGGACCUCAUCAAGAAGAGCUGCAGUGCAGAGAUCUCCGCCGAGGCCCCCGUCAGGCUGUCAGGUGAUCGGGACGGCGGCUGUGACAUCACCGCCCCCUCGGCCGACAGUCAGCCCUCCGCCGUUGCCAUGGCAACGUCGGCAACGGCCUGCAGAGCCGAGGCUGGCGACGAGACGCCUGCAGGAGGAGGAGGAGGAAGAGAGGAAGCAGGAGAAUGCCAGCACACCGGUCUGGGCUGCAGGCGCUCCAGCUCGGAUGCAGCCUAUGAGCUGGCUGAGACGGUGAGGGCGCAGCGCGAGUGCCGUCUCCGGCCCCACUACAGCGACCCCAUGCCAGCCGACGCCUCCAAGCGCAAACAGCUGGAGAUGAAGAUCGCUGCCGCCGCCCGACUCCACAGCCAUCGCCGAGACCGCGACACAGCUCCAGCAGCAAUUCGUGGUCGUUCUGAGCCCCCUGGUGAGGAGCGCCAGGCAGGUCUUGGCGUGACUCGGUCCGGGCAGCAUCGCUGGAGCACCAUCAGCAGCCUGAGUGCCGACAGCGGAGUGGUGGGCCUCAGUGAUGAGCGGGAGGAGGAGGACAGCGAGCCUCACCGUCACCGCAGAGGCCGGGGAGCCGAGGUGGAGCGGGUGGACAGCGGCAUCGGCCCGGGUCUGUCCCGCACCUGGAAGAGACCAUCUGCCUCUCUCAGGGCCUGGGAGGCUCAGAGACCCUGUCCAGACUGUGGACUGAGGGACGGGGCCUCCAGAGACAGAGGAGAGCGCAUGUGUGAACGUUGCUCGAAGCUGCGCACCGAGCGCAAGGAGGCCAUCCUGGAGUUUCUGAACACAGAGUCGAGCUACGGCGAGGAUCUGCGGAUCAUUAAGGAGGAGUUUUACUGCCCCAUGCAGAGCGCCGGGCUGCUGACAGCUGAGCAGCUCACUGUGGUGUUCGGUAACGUUCAGGAGCUGAUAGAUGUCAACGACCGCUUUACUGAACACCUGCAGGACAGCAUCGACCAGGCCUUUGACCAGGGAGAUGAAGAUCUACUGACAGUGUACAUAGGAGAGAUCUUUCUCGAGUUCGUCAGCAUGCUGCCUGCCUUCCAGACCUACUGCCUGCAGCAGUCCACCUCGGUCAACAUGCUCAACACACUGGAGAAGGAGAAAGAACUGCUCAGAAUCUUCCUGGAUGUUUCCCAGAAUGACAACACGGCACUGCGUCGUAUGAACUUGCGCUCCUUCCUCAUGGCGCCUCUCCAACGUGUGACUAAAUACCCCCUUCUGUUGAGCCGAAUCAUUAAGGUCACUCCCGAAUGUCAUCCCGACUAUGCACGUCUUCGUGAGGCCAAGAGUCGGGUGGAAUCCCAUCUAGAGCACAUCAACAUGAAGACCAAGCAGGAGGGCAACGGUGUCACCUGGUCCCUCCGCUCAUUCCGCCGCGACAGCCGCAAAAACAGGGAGGUCAUCAACAUCGAGAUGCGAGAGGUGUCAAUGAAGACGGUGGGCUGGGCAAGAGAAAACACACGAUUCGUCAUGGAGGGACCCCUUCAGUUGUCCCAGCCAGCAGAUGGUCAGUGGGUGAAGAAGGGCAGCAAGGCCCUCAAGUUCCAAAAUGUCCAGAGUCUGCUGAUGGUGAGGACACAGCGGGCCGGUGACGCCCCAGGACAGGUCAGCGACCAAGGGGCACGGGGGGAUCAGGGGGAGGGUGGUGGAGAUGGCAUUCGAGACGGAGUGCUGGUUUUAAUCAAGGACAAGAGCAGCGGGAAGUUCACGGUGCUGAGAGAGCCCAUCCGUCUGGGAAACUGUGUGGUGUCGACGGAUCCGGAAUGCGAGGACACAUUCGAGGUGCUCGAUAUUCGGCGGGAGUCUUUCGUUUUCCGCGCAUCAGACAAAGCUCGCACUCAGCAGUGGUUCCACCAGAUUAAGAGAUACGCUCGAGAUUUAGGCACCUGGAGGAAAAGACGCAAUGCUUUGCCCAACAUCAUGAUCAACACAAACCAGAGCCGCUCCUGA